AUGGCAAUGAACUUCGAAUACCCACCAGACCUCGUCGCGCACAUCGACCGCAUCGACAAAUUCAUCCACGAGACCAUCCUCCCGCUGCAACACGCCGACGACAAUAACCGCUUCUUCGACCACCGCCGGGAGUAUGCGCGCACGGAUUGGGAGGCCGGUGGGCUGCCGCGACGGGAGUGGGAGGAGUUGCUGAAUAAAGCGCGCCUCCUGGCCGACAAAGCCGGGCUCUACCGCUUCGCGCUCCCUAAAGCCUACGGCGGGACCUCGCACCCAAGCACAAACCUCUACAUGUCCGCAAUCCGCUUCCACCUCGCCUCGCACCCAGUCUACGGCGGCGGCCUGGGUCUCGCCAACGACCUGCAGAACGAACAUAGCGUGGUCGGCAAUUUCCCAGACGUCUUCAUGCUGCACCAUUUCGGGAACGAGGAGCAGAAGCGCACGCUGAUUCCUGCACGGUUACGCGGGGAGUUCCGCACGACGUUUGGGCUUACGGAGCCGGAUCAUGGGAGUGAUGCGACGUUUAUGUCUACGAGGGCUGAGAGGGUUGUUCGAGGUGGGGUGGAGGGGUGGGAGAUUAAUGGCGCCAAGAAGUGGCAGACGGGCGCGCAUUUCGCGACGCAUAUGAUUGUUUUUGCGCGGACGGGGGGGAAGGACGGGUCGGCUAAGGGUAUUACGGCGUUUCUUGUCCCCAGGGAGACGGAGGGGAUCGAGGUGGUCAGCUACGAGUGGACGUUUAAUAUGCCGACGGACCAUGCGACGGUGACGUUUAGCGGGGUGUGGGUUCCCAACAGCGCAAUCCUCGGCGUGCAAGAUGCGGGCCUGGCAAUCGCGCAGACGUUCGUUCACGAGAAUCGCAUCCGGCAGGCGGCGAGUUCGUGUGGUGCGGCCAAGUUCUGUCUCGACAAGGCGAUUGAGAGGGCACGGUCGAGGACGAUUUGGGGAGAGGGCAAGAAGUUGGCGGAUCAUCAGGGGAUUCAGUUCCCUGUUGUUGAGCUCAUGACGCAGGUGGAGAUGUUGAAGCUGUUGAUUCUCAAGACGAGUUGGGAUAUGGAUCGCGUUGUGGAGGAGGCGAGCAGGACUGGGGCGACGCCGUGGAUUGCGAUUGAGAAGACGCUGAGUGACAAGGUGGCCAUGUGCAAUUAUUGGGCGAAUCGGUUGGCGUGUCAGGCGGCUGAUCGGGCUAUUCAGAUCCACGGCGGCGAUGGCUACUCGCGCCAUUACCCCUUUGAGCACAUCUAUCGCCAUUUCCGACGGUACCGCAUCACCGAGGGGUCCGAGGAGAUCCAGAUGCGCAAGGUCGCCGCGUAUCUAUUCGAGUUUGGCGGCAAGGUGAGCAGGGACAAGGCCAAGACCAAGUUGUAA